CCGCGCGUCUGCGGCUCUGCAUAGUGCCAUGCGGAUGCAUAUUAAAUACAAAGAAUAUUUUGCAGACAUGGGAAUAUGCAAACUAACAGAGCUUUUGAAAGAAAAAGCGCCAAAGUCCGUGCGAAACACACAGGCAGAAAAGUGCCGAGGCUGGAGGGUGGCCAUUGACGCAAGCAUGAUUCUAUACCAGUCCCUGGUGGCGAUUCGCCAUGGGAUAGACAGCCUUACAAACAAAGAAGGCGAGACGACUGCACACAUAUACGGCAUAUUCUACAAAACCAUCAACAUUCUCGAAAAAGGAAUCAUUCCCGUGUACAUUUUUGACGGCCAAGCUCCAGAGCUGAAGGAAAACACUUUGCAAGAAAGAAGAGACCGAAAAGAAAAAGCAGAAAAAGACCUGGAGGCUGCAGAGACCGAGGAGGACCGGGAGAAGUAUGUAAAAAGAGCUGUCCGCGCAACAAAGUACCACGUUGAGUCUGCGCAGGCCUUGCUCAAAGCCAUGGGCGUGCCGUAUGAAACAGCGCCAAACGAGGCAGAAGGAUACUGCGCCGCCCUUAAUGCGGCAGGAUACGUUGACGCCGUUGUCUCGGAGGACAUGGACUCGCUGGCGUUCGGGGGAAAGAUGCUUUUGCGCAACUUGCUUCCGUCGAUAAUGAAAAAGAACGUCCCUGUUAUGGAGAUAUGUCUUGAGACGGCGCUGAAACAAACCGAGCUCGAGCACACGGAGUUUGUAGACCUGUGCAUCCUUCUGGGGUGCGACUACUGCAAAAGGCCUAAAGGCGUUGGGCCUAAAAAGGCGUACGAGCUCAUCCAGAAGCACAGAACAAUAGAAAAAAUUGUUGAGUGCGAAAGCCUCCAAAUUGACGCAGACUCCUGGCCAUACAAGGAGGCCCGGAACAUUUUUUUGCUGCAGCGCGUGGACAGGCCAAAGGCCUUUGCAAUAGAUGCGCCGGACACAGAGGAGCUAUUCCGAUUUCUAGUUGAUGCCAACGGGUUUGAUCGAGGAAAGGUGCAGUCUGGAGUCAACAGGCUAAACGCUGUAAAAAAAGCCAAAAAGCAGUCCAGCCUGCUCUCAUUCGCCAAAAAGGUCAUCUAA